UGGACAUAGAUCAUUUGAACACAAUGGAACCCUGGCAAAUAGUGUCAUUUUUCCUCAACAAGGCUCAAAAUAAGCAAUUUGAUCUCGCUUCAACAACCAAUGCACUCGCCUUCCAAGUAAAAAACAAUAUGAUGUCUCUGAGAUGCUUGCAGUGUUAUUGGUCACCCUGGUAUGGGCGGUGAGCACCGCUUAUUUUGGUAUCUCAACUAUAAACGCAAUUGACAACUCUACUCCAAGUACUGAUUUGAUUAGUACCAACAUUUUUCUUACCACCAAACCCUACACUGCACCUACAACCACGACUACUAUUAUUACAACCACGACUACAACCACAACUACAACCAGUGCCAUUGCGCAGUCCUUGAGGCUUCAAAUUGAGAACGCCCUUAAUGGUGAUCCAAUUCCUGGAGCUUUGGUUACGCUUCAAUCCGAUGUCACUCGCCAGAUGAUUCAAGCAGAGAUAGACAGCAACGGGCUCUUUGUGGCGAGUGUAGGGUCAAUUGGUCAAGAAGUGAUGGUGACCAUCGAACACGAUGGAUUUAUCUCUCUUCAAGACUACGUCAUCACCUCUAGUUCAGCCCAAUCUGAUUCCGCCAGGGUGAUUUCCAUGUCUCCGGUUUUUGAUACCGAUGUCAGCAAACGCAUGGUUUUGAAUUGGAACCCUUAUGCGGUCAAUUUAGAUACUUUGGUGCUUCAAUUUGCCAUUGGGCGCGAUGAUGAGGACUGUGUCGUGUUUUACGCAAAUAGAAUGUGUGGCAACAUGAAUCUUGAUAGAGAUGUUCUUCAUGGGAAAGAUGGCGGUGAAACGGUCACAUGGAAAAACGAGGACGAAUUUGGCUAUGCCAUUGUUAUCGCAGACUUUUCUGGUGCCAAUGAGUAUUCUUUGAUAGAAACUGAAGCCAAAAUGAUUAUUUAUGUUGAUGAUGGAUUUGUUUUAUCUUUGGAUAUUCCAAAGGAAGAACCCUCUCCACGAAGCAGGUUUUGGGUCGUGGGAUGUUUAAAAGGCUCUAGAGGAGCCUCAUCAUUCGUAGAAGUUAACAAAAUUGUGGAUGACGACCCUGCGAACGAUCCCGAUUUGUGCUUUAGUACUUGAUUUCUUUGUCUUUUCUUGGACUUAUCAUAUAUGCCUCAUUUACAAAAUGAUCAUUCUACUUCUAAAAAAAUUCGUGGGCUCCUGUUGAACAAAAAAUCUCUCGAACUAGGGAACAAGACGGAAAACACAAAUGUCUGCACGUUUAUGUUCUGUUUUAGAUAUUACAAUAAAUUGCUUUUUCGCGUUUUCUAAUUCAA